GCUGUGGCCGGCCGCAGGGAGGGAGCCUGCAGGCUGCGGGACUCCAGCCGGUCGCGUCCCGGGAAAAGCAGCGUGGGCGAGCGCGGGGUGGCUCUUGUGGCCCUCGGGUCCCCGAGAGCCGCUGGUGCCUCUGCAAGAGACAGCAUUUGUGGGUUGUAAGAAUUUCCACUGAUGAAAUGAAGGUUUUCUUCCGUGGAAGAGAUGCGCCCAGAUGGUAAACAGCAUCCGUUUUCCAUGUGGAAAUGAAUGUACGGGUUGAAUAAUCAGCUCCGUACAUGACUUCUCUUCAGAACUCACAGGUUUUGCCUAUACUGCUAGUCUGACACUUAGCCAGAGGGACUUUUGAAGGUUUUUCAGUAUUUUUUUUACCACAUAAACAGAGGUCGUAGUCAUCGCUGCUGUUAUGUCCUGGGUACAAGUUGCAGUCAGCCGAUCCAGUGAGGAUAUAUUUGAUGAAGAAGCAGAUGAGAUGUAUCUACUACAGAAAGAAUGGAACAGCACCAUGAAAAAAAGAUUGAAGGAAGGCUAUAGGGAUGGCAUUGAGGCUGGGAAAGAACUCGCACUCCAAGAAGGCUUCAAUCAAGGUUAUAGACAUGGUGCUGAGCUGAUGAUUAGCUGCGGCCAGGUCAGAGGAACCCUGAAUGCUCUCUUAUCCUGGUGUCAUCUUAAUGGACAUGAUUCUGCCUUAAGUAAGAUAAAUAAUCUUCUCGAUGUGAUUGGAAAGCAUGAAGAAGAUGUGCUUCAACAUCUGAAUUCUAUCGAACAACAGACACAUCUCGGACAAAUUUUAGAUUCUGUUCAGGACAUGGACCUUAAUCACACAGCUCCAGCUGGGACAGAGUACAAUGAAGUUAAAGCUGAAAAACACAAAGACAUUGGCAGCUUUGGUGAAAACAUUUGUCGAAAUAAUGGUGAGGUUGAUUCCUUGCAGUGUGGCGAGGCAAAACUCUGCACAGCUCCUGAAAGGUCAACCCUUGCUUGGGUUAAAAAGCAGACUAUUUGGCUAGUAGAGCAACUGGGCUUAUCACUGGAUAUACUCCAUCAUGUCCAGCAACUAGAACAUUAGUUUUUCUGUUGUGUGGUAUUUAAAAUUCUCUCAACUGGAUUUGAUUCUCAGUUUGUGGACCAUGUACAGGCUGAUGUAUGCUUCAUUUUAGGGAAAUCUGAUUUUGAUACUUCCCAGUAGAGGUAAUUUCUGUAAAUCUUCACCAUGCUUUGGCUCUUGGCAAAAAAAAAAAAAAAACCACCAAAAAAACCACCUUCUUGCUUUCAAUCUUAAACAUAACUUUCACAGAAAGGGGAAAUUACUUUUAAAGCUCCACAAAGAUUUACUAAGCAUGUUUCUGUUCUGUGUCAGAAGCUAGCAUUUCACCUUCACUUUCUCUUUGGCAGCAGUUUGGAAAUGGAGCAGUUCCCUUAAAUCGCCUCUAAAUAGGUCCCCUCUAAUAUCUAAGAAACAAAUGCCCAGUGCUAUGGACAAGCUAUUCUUGUACAAUAAGCUGCUGUUGAGAAUAUGCUAUGUCUGUGCAAAACAGAAUGGGAUUUGCUAGAGUUCUGUGACUCUAGUCACUAUAUAAAAUGCAGGAAUUUUUCACCUUUUGUCAAAACCUUCCUCUUAUCUUUUGUAACCACUAUUCAGUGCACUUUCACAGUUAAAAACUAUUUUUUCCUCCUCAUACAGUUCUAUUUAUUUAACUUUUGCUGAAAACACACCAUUCUCUUCAAAUGCAGGAUUACUGACAAUUGGAUUGUUUUACUGUUAGACCAUCUACUCUUACCCUGUUAGACCACACUGAACACGUUUCCAGUCUAAUUAACUUCCUUGUGUUAUUUUUGUAUUUAUUUUGCCAGUCCCUCUAGCCUGAACUCUUUCCCUCACUCCUGUAGUGUUUUUCCCAAACUCUUCAAGGAAGGCAGGCUUAUUCACCUUCUCUUGGAAACAUGUUGUUAGCCACACAUGCAUAUUUCUGACAACUUUGUAUUUCUCUGCCAACAUUCUGUAUUUGACUCCUUUUCCUCUUAUUUGCCUUAGCUGUAGCUGCAUAUUGCUCUGGUCAGGAAGUCUUUCUCUUUGUGAAUACCUAUCUCUGUUUUACACGAAUUAAACUGAUUUACAGUAAGUUAGGAAUUUGCUUGUUUUAAGUUGCUUGCGACUUUCCUUCAUGUCUGAGAUAAAGCAGGUCUAGACAGAGACGAACUGAAUUCUUGAACAGCCAACUUAACUAUACUUAAAAGAAAAUGAAAUCACAAAAGCGUUUUAUAGUUUGAGCCCAGAAAAAAAGCUAAGGUGAAAAUGACUUGAUUUUCAGAGACUGAGUUUACAACUUUCUUAAUAAAGGCUCUAUUAUCCUGCCACGGAGCUGGUGGACUAAGUUUGGCUGCCAUUCAGUACCACUUCUUCAUUAGGGGAAAGCAGAACUGCAAUUAAGAGUCUCUUAUUGAACUUGUUUCUGAAAUAGUGGACAAACAGGGCUGUCUACAUUAAUUACAUACGUACAAAAUUGUUCAAACAACUUUCUUUUUUUCAUUUUAUUUAGUGUAAUGCUGACAUGGAUAAACAUUACUUUUCUACAAGUGCGUGCCUGUAUCACGUAUUGUUAGACAAAUUUCCUCCAUACUGUGCUAGAAUGUGGUGCAGACAAAAAUAAAGGUUACUAGAGAAGUGUUAGACUUUCCAAAUUUGGAAGUUUAAAAAUGCAAAUUCAAGAGUGUUACUUCUAUGUAUCUAAUAACAUGCAAAAAGGAAACUCCAUUCACAAAUUACUAAGUAGACAGUGAGCUUGCCAAGUUCCCUCCAACUACUUCUGCAAAUGCAAUCAGCGCCAGGGAAAAUAUUUCUUUCUUCUUUGAUUAUGAAACAAUAGAUUGUGUGUUUCACUUAUCUGUCAUAAUAACUUCUGUACUAGCUGUGGAAUUACUUUCCUCCACUGCGCCCAAAGCUUCUGUGCUUACUGUGGGGUUAUUUUUUUCUGUGUUACCACCCAGAGUUUCCAGUUUGGCUGCAGAGAGAUUUUCUUCUGGGGUGUCUGUAAUGCUUGGCUUAUCUGUCACUAGCAAAUCUUGCUGACCAGCCACAGGAAGACUUUUUUCAAGACUAUUAGAAUCUGUAAUUUGCUCACAUGAUGGUUCAGGGUUUUUUUUCACGUCUGCUUCCAUGUCUUGUGUUUCGCUCUUAGCUUUCACCUUGGCAGCAUUCCUGAAAAUAGCUCUCAUGACAACUGGGACUGACAUGCAACUGAAGGAGGAAAUGAAACAUUAGUCACUACUACAGACUUCAUCCAUUCUUCAACGCAUUUCUUUUUUUUUUAAACUGCGGCUGACACAGGAAUGAUAGGUGUGACAAACAGCACUGGCACCUCGCAUCUUUUUGCCUUGUACAACCUAAUAGGCAUGACUUUGUAACUACAAUAUAAUGAUAUGUGAUAUACCAGAAACAUAUGUUGACACAAUGAAAUCAAGUGCUGGGUCUUUGAGCUUAGCAGUGCAAAGGAGCUUUGAUAGAAGAAGUAGGAGGGUUUGGUAAAAAAAAAAAAAAAGUCAUAAGAGUGCUUUUAAUGAAAACCUAAACUAAUACUAUUGAAAUAUAUUUAUUUGUGCUGAGUUUUUAUAAUUGUAACUUUUGUGUAUUGUAUAAGACGUGUACAGAGCAUACCUUCUCAAAAACACUAUCUACACUAGAGGAGUCUUUUUUCCAUUCUAACAACACAGUUACCUGGUUCCGGGAAUAGUAUCUAGUAUUCUGUCACUUAACACAGGGCAGGCUAAUUAAACAGGUUCAAAAUGCAGCCUCUAUUGAAUUUGCUGUCAUCAAAUAGAUAUACUAGCUUAUGCCAAAUGAAUUAGUGCUCUCAGUCCUUUCUCUGGCAUAUGUUCAUAUAUCACAGCAACUUGUCUCUCCUGUAAUUUGUUUCAGAAAACAAGCCAGAGACGGCAUUGUAGACAUGCCAUAUACACCUCACUUUCUGAAAAGAAGCACUGAUUGAUAUUAAGUAGAUGUGGAAGAAGUCCUUUCCCUGCUGUUCUAAGUUACACCAGUCAGGAAGGAGACUGUUGUCAGGUAGAGUCUUCAGAGAAGCAUAUUUACAAAAGAAAAAAGCAUCUUUAAACUCUCUUCAUUCAGAAGCAUUUCCCUGCCCCACAUGCUUUCUUCUAGAAAGGAACACUAUCACUGACUAUUAAUGUUUAAAAAUUUUGAAAGAGAUACUUGAGACACUGAAGUAGCUUAUUGUCACUAUUAUAUUAUAACUUUUUACUAGAGUGAAGUUUUCUGGUUGCUGAAUUUAUGGCAUUGUGAGCGCACAUGGUAUUUCCAUUCAAUGGACAUCUGAGGUUCAUUCCAAAUGUUAUGAAAUAAAAUAAAACUACUUACCGCUUCACAGCUCUUGUUAUAAAAUCGUCACUAGAAUUUAGAGUUGGAUCUUGAGGAUUUAAAUGAAAGCGACACUGGACUUCUCUGGAGGUUAUAACAUCAAUUAUCACUAAGAAAGA